AUGCACAAAACAGGGCCUAUAGCCGCUGCAGAAUAUGUACGCCGGACAAAGCUUUCGAAGACUCAGGGCUCUAACAUCAUCACAAAGACGAUAUGCAGUGACAGGGGCAAGGUCAUCGAGCUCGGCAAAAUUAAGGUGGAUAUUAUGAAUCGCUUCCCCUAUCCGCUCGAUAUCAGCUCCUGGGCCGUCCACGAGGCUGCAUCAGCCAAAGCCGCUGUAGGUGCACAGCCAUCGCACGCCAGAAAAUAUGUUGACACGGUCAGCGUCAUCACAUGGAAUCUUCGUCAUCAUACCGAGCUUGAGCUCAGUAAGAUGGGGGUAAUGAAGAACGGCAACCUUGAGUCCGUCUGGACGAAGAGUAGAUACGGUUCGGGUCACGUUCAAGCACUGAGACUUGAGGGUAAGGCAGGCCUGAGACAUGGCGGACCUAAAGGCGUGUGGGCUCAUCUGGGGUCGAAAGACCGCAAGAUCACCAAGUUAGCCGCAGAGGACUCCCUGAAGCUCGAGGUCAGCAUCCUGGUCAAUGGCCUCGACAUGGACAGGAUCAGUCGGCUACCGGACCUGAAAGAUCUCCAUGUCUUUACACUGGACCACCACGACGACCCAGAUACUACCAAAGGGCUACUGUUCGCCUGUGCGAACGUGUUCUGUCCAGACUGAUUGAAUACAUCUGCUCUCAUAUUUCAGAAAAAACGGCAGAUGAGCAACCUUCAAAUUGAUCGUCUUUGAUACACGACUUGUAGCUAUCAUAACACCUGAAGCGGAGAUUUAGUUAACGAUUACCUACAUUGUAG